UUUUCAUUCGCAUCCGAGUGCACGUGACACGCGUGUUCAGCCGCCGGUCGACGUAAACAUACUUGUAUUUGUUUCGGGUUCUCUAGCCGUUAAUAGCGACAAAUAGAGGAUAAGCAAUUUUCCGAUUUUUCUCGUCCGGUCACAGAAAAAUCCGAGAAGUCCUACUUCGAAUACUCCCUAGUAUUCGAUAAUCUGUUGUCGAUUUCGAGAGCACAUCUGAUAGUACACGUUUUCGAAAGUCUAUUGUAUAUCUCUCGUCGGGAAGAGAUUAAUAACCACUAUAACGAAACUAGACAAGUUGUCGACCCGCGCAUUAUUUGCAAAAAUUUUUUUUAAACUCGCGUCGCCCCGCAGUUUUUUUUUGGUGAUCUAAUUCACGCCGGAUUUUACGCUGGAGUUUGGAGCUUACGGAGUGUUGUUGUAUAGUCUUGGAAGAGGAAAAGUAGUAGCCAAAGAAAAACCGCAAGUAAACAUGGCACUUGCAGCAGCCCAGAAGAGCCGAGAAAUGUUCGCCAUCAAGAAGUCGUACAGCAUCGAGAAUGGAUAUCCGGCAAGGAGACGUUCGCUCGUGGACGACGCCAGAUUUGAGACGCUCGUCGUCAAACAAACCAAACAGGCCGUACUCGAGGAAGCCCGCGAAUUGGCAGACGACGCCUCUUUGGCGACCGACGCAGCCGUAACGCAUUUCGCCAGUCAACUGCAGCGUCAACACCAAGCUCAAAUUAACCCAUUGGAAUACGAAGACCAGGGUUUUGAAUCUGAAGAAAAACUCAACGAACAAGAGUCUUUUACCGAAGAAUCGUCUGAACCGUCGUCGGAAUAUGACGACUCAGAUGCUGGACUUACAGAGGAGGAGGUACUAUUGGAAAAGUCUGCAAGCCAAGACAAAGAUGCGGAGUUGGCCGUGCAGAAGACUACUUUGGUGCUGCGCUUACGCGAAGACAUUGACAGCUGCUUCGCCAGAUUACUCAACAUUAUUAACACCGGAAAAGGCAAAGUUAUCCACAUUGAAUCAAGACCGUCUAAGGAACGCGGAGUUAAAUUCGACAUUUUGGUCAAAGUGGACAUAACUAGGAAACAUUUAUUAUCACUAUUAAAAUCCCUCAGACAAAGCUCUACAUUGGCCAGCGUUACGGUUCUAGCCGAAGACAACACAAACGUUAAGGACCCGUGGUUCCCGAAACAUGCCCGCGAUUUGGACAACUGCAACCACUUAAUGACUAAAUACGAACCCGAGUUGGACAUGAACCACCCCGGUUUCUCCGACCAGGUUUACCGCGCCCGGAGGAAGGAAAUCGCCAACGUCGCUUUCGAUUACAAAUACGGUGACUCUAUCCCGCAAAUCGAUUACACCGCCGACGAACUGUCCACGUGGUCGGCCGUUUUCAACACCGUAUUAGACUUGAUGCCCAAGCACUUUUGCAUGGAAUACAGGAACGCGUUCAAAUUGCUGCAAGACGACAAAAUCUUCACCGCCGACAAGAUCCCACAGCUGUACGAGAUGUCCGAUUUUCUGAAGAAACACACCGGCUUCACACUUAGACCGGCAGCCGGUUUGCUCACAGCCCGCGAUUUCCUCGCCAGCCUCGCGUUCCGUGUGUUCCAGAGCACCCAAUACAUUCGGCACAGUACCACCCCGUUCCACACCCCAGAACCCGAUUACAUCCACGAAGUUCUUGGACACAUGCCGUUAUUGGCCGACCCGAGUUUUGCUCAGUUCUCACAAGAAUUGGGCUUGGCCUCGCUGGGAGCGUCCGACGAAGAAAUCGAAAAACUCUCGACCGUGUACUGGUUUACCAUCGAAUUCGGACUUUGCAAGGAACACGGAGAAGUGAAGGCUUACGGUGCCGGACUCUUGUCUGCUUACGGUGAACUUUUGCACGCAGUUUCUGGCAAACCCGAACUCAGACCGUUCGAACCGUCUAUCACGGCGGUUCAACCGUACCAAGACCAAGAAUACCAACCAAUCUACUUUGUCGCCGAAAGCUUCGAAGACGCUAAAGACAAAUUCAGGAAAUGGGUGUCCACCAUGUCACGACCUUUCGAAGUCCGUUACAAUCCACACACCCAAAAAGCAGAGAUCCUAGAUUCCGUCGAGCAACUCAACAACCUGAUGACCCAACUAAAUUUAGAAAUGUUGCAUCUCAACACUGCAAUGACCAAAUUGAAAAUGAGAUCCGGUUAAAUGGACUAUAUUCCACCGAAUUCAUACGACAACCGAUUAGUAUUGCUUUUAAAAAACGCGUUUUUAAAUGUAAUAUUUGAUUAUGUACGAUUUGUAACUUAUAUCUUUUAUCAUAUUUGUGUGUCUUCGGCGUGUUUCUAGUCACCGGUGACGAUGGAACAACUUUUUGUUUAUUCUACCGGCAAGAUCUCUCGGAAAAUAAUGUUUAUUAUUAUUUAUUACAUUUAUUGCUCAUCAUAAGCUAAACAGAUAUAGCCCAUGCGUCGUAACUCCUAGUUAUGAACGUAUGCACGUUACCUUAUUUAAAUUUUACAAAUAAUAAUCGUCAUUCGUGACACUUCAAUUACCAUUAUUCCAUGAUAAACAAUCAUUUUUUCUUCCUAAUAAUAUUUAAAUCAGCAAUAAGCCAAAAUUAUUGUAUAGAUACUUUAAUGAUAGUGCUAUAAUAUCUAACUAUAUAAAUAUUAUUUUUCUUAUUUAUUCUAUUUAAAACAUUAUAUUAUUAUUAUUAUUAUUAUUAUUAUUAUUAUUAUUAUUAUGUCACUCAAGUGUCUUAGGCGUAGAAUCGUAAUUAUUGUUUAAUGUGAGAGCUAAGUAUGUGUUACUUCGGUAUAGUCUGUAAGCUAUUCUCGCUAUAGUAUAUUACAUAAAUAUUUUUAGUUUUAUUUAAAUGGAAUUUCUUUUUCUUUUAAUUGAGUUUAUUAAGCUAUGUAGCCCACAAGGCUAUUAAGCAACAUAUACUUAAAGCGUAAAGAUAAAUAGAAAAUAAACUAUUGUUAUUUCUCUAAUCUAUACCUAGAGAAAUAUAUAUACCAUUGUUCAUAAAAUUAAAAAAAAAUCAAAUAUUAUAUAAUAAUAUAUACACGUAUACUUAA